ACCUACUGUACCAUACAGAAUUUCAUUUCCUACGAACUUGAAACUACGACGAAGCAUCCCGCACCUCCAUCACUAUUUCUAACGGUAUCAACAUUCCAGMAGUCGUCGCAUAAUAUAACGAUGAUAUGAAAUAAGAAUAAUAUGAUGAGCACCAAGCGACCAAGAGCGCCCCACCUGCAUUAAACUCUUAAAUCAAACAUCGCAGUGUUAUGUAGGAAUCGAUCUCAAUCGAUUGAUAUCAUUGAGAAUUCAAUGGAACCAUCGACCGUGAAUUGCGACUCGAGACACGCAAUUGACAUUAUUAUUUUUUGCUUCGUUCAAAGCGACUUCACACCGCCAUUAUUUCAAUGAAGGAGUCCUUGGUAUUCUCCGGCUCUAAUAUAGUCGUAAUUCUUGAUUCAUUGAGACACUCUACCGAGGAAUUGGACAGAAGGGUAUUGAGAUUGACGGAAUUGGUUUGCGACGAAAGCAUUUGUGACGAGGAUGUCCAAGCAAUACAACAAUUACUUUCCGAGCACCACUGUGUUAUUCAUUUGUCGAAGUUGGAACUUCCACGCAAUGGAUUAACGUCAAAGUCUGGACGUUCCCUUGSCUCCAUUGUAUUGCUUCAGCACGAAACAUUGAAGUGUCUGAGUCUUGCACACAAUCCGUUUGCUUCCAUAGGUCUUGAUGAAAUGCUAAAGCCUCUGGUUGCGCAUCCUGCAACUGCAACCAACCUAAUYCACUUGGAUUUGACCAAUACACAAUUGGGAAGCAAAWGCGGUCCUCUCAUKAAGCAGCUACUAAGGAGAUGCAAUUCCAUCCAAGAGUUGAAUCUUACCAAUAAUUCCCUCGGUCCCAAGGGAAUCAAAAGUCUGAGUGUCGAAUUGAAAGAAAAUUCGGCACUAAAGAUUCUGAAUUUAUCCCGAAACAAAAUCAAAGCGAAAGGAGCCRCUUUGCUUGCUCAGGCUAUUGGGGAUCCAGAAAGUGCCAGCGCUCUAAAAAGUUUGGAUCUCACUUGCAACGCCAUUGGUCACCUCGGAAUGAACGCGCUCUCACGAAUUUUGGCUGUCAAUCGAACCAUUGAGUCCUUAUACGUCGGAAUGAAUAACAUUGGCCCGGAAGGAGCAGCUAACCUAGCGAUUGCAAUCAAACGCAACCAUACACUCCAAGUUCUGCACAUUGAAAAUAAUAAUAUCAAAUCAGACGCUGCAUGCCUGCUCUUCGAUCAACUUCGAGGUGAUCAUAAUCGCACCGUGGAAAAUCUCAACCURGCCUGGAACAACAUCGGAACAAAAGGUGCGAACCACUUGGCAGAGACAUUGAAGAGCAACGGCACUUUGACRAGCAUAGACUUGACACACAACCAAAUUGGAUCCGAUGAUCUGCUAUUAUUGAUCGAUGCUCUUUCGUACAAUUUUUCACUGACCCACUUGAAUGUCUCGAGCAACCAAAUCGACGACCGCGGAGCUCAGGCAAUUUUUAACGUACUUUGUGACCCAAGGCCUCGCGCGCUGCAAUCGAUUACAUGUGAAGAUAAUCCAGACAUAUCCUUAGMGGUUCUCGUGUCCCUAUCACGAGUUCCACAAAUUCGUCGAAAUCGAGAGCACUGGUUGGACAAGCUGAUUACCAAUCUUAUCGGGCGCAAAGUUCAURGUAUAAACUUGAAGAAUCGAAUCGUUGGGAACGAAGAAUUGCUGUUACUAAAUGAGGCCCUAAACGACAUCGAAUUUCGACUGAAACCUCCACUGAUUCAAUCAAUUCGGAUUCGUAGCUCUUUACUUACUCAUAUCAGUCUGGUUCCUUUCUUUGAACCUUGCAAAGCCCCGCUGUUACGAAUAUACUUAAGCGACUGUUGUGAUGCUGGGGAAGAAGGAAUGAAAGCACUUGCAACUCAUUUAGCCUYUUCGAAAAAUUUGCAAGUCUUGUCGUUGACAAAUUGUUGUAUAACACCAACGCAUGCUGCAUGGAUUGCCGAAGGKCUGAGACAAAAUACGACACUGCGACGUCUGAAUCUAGACGACAACCAAAUUGGMGACAAUGGGCUAGCAGAGAUUGCGCUGGCUCUUCCACACAAAACGUUGACAUCUUUAUCGGCGAAUGGAAACAAUAUUACAGAUUCUGCAAUGGRUUCAAAAGGUUUGAUAAGCAUCGAUGAACUGCAUCUCAAAAACAACCACGUGACAGAUCGCGGAGCUUUGAGUCUCGCCAGGAAUCUGUUAGACAGCAAAUGCUCUUUGACCUGGCUGAACCUGAAAGGUAACCAUGUCACGGAGAAGGGGGGUGCAACGAUAGAAAUGUUCUUGCCUCACACUAUUCCAGGAACAAUGAUUGUUGAAUAUUGAAUAAUCAUAUUUCAAUAUAAUGCUCUUUUAAAU